AAGGAAGGAAGGAAGGAAGGAAGGAAGGAAUUGAAGGAAAAGGGCCUGACUGCUCCUAGCUAUGGUGGAGGAAAAGGUUUAUGGUAGAUACAAGGAAGAACACAGCCAGAGUCAGACACAUCUGGGAGAGUCCAGCGUGGACAGACCAGGCUGAGCAAGGUCAUGUGCAGACACUGGGGGGAGGGAAAGGGAAGACAAAGGAACCAAAUGCAACAGCCAGGAGGCCUCAAAGUACUGAGUAACCAAAAUGUGGGGAUUAUAUAGAGAAGAGCCUCUGGGGGGACAGGCAGCCUAGUCCCUGGGCUGGUGACUUCAGGGAGGGACUAGGGUAUGCCAGCCAGGAGGACCCUGUGACAGGUAGGGGCUGAGGGAUGCAGGGAGAACCUGGUGGCCAGGUCCACUGUGAUAUGUGUUAAAUAGGCGCCUCAGCCGCUCGUCCCAGGUUUGUAACGAGACCCUUCUGUUGAAGUUCAAAUCAAAGGUGCAGCUCUGGCUGGGGGUCAAGACCUUUGCUUCGAAAUCUUGACACCGUUGAGGAAGAUGUGGAAACUGCCGACUUCCGAAAGAAGCGCGUUAUAGGAUGCCCAGAUGUCUACCGUAAAAGCUAUGCAGACAGCAACCCCAUCUCAUUGAAAUCUUGACACCAUCGAGGAAGAUGUGGAAACUGCUGGCUCCCGAAAGAAGUGCGUUAUAGGAUGCCCAGACAUCUACUGUAAAAGCUAUGCGGACCCCAUCUCUGUGCUGUCUCUGUGCUGGAGGAUGGAAUCCUUCCAGACUAAUGUGAUUUGAUGGACCAAGAUCCCCUAAAAUGUUGCCUUGAACACCCCUCAAAAAAUUACUUCACCCAAUAAACAGCAGGAAGUAGUUUGGAGAGAACUAUGCCCAGAUUCUCAAAUAUUGUUUGUAAAUGUUUGUUUACAUCUGACAGGGGAUAUGCUAUAGAGAUUUGAAUUGGUAUGAAUCUUGGUUUAUUGAUACAAUUUUAAGGUCAGUUUUGUUAUACUAUGUAUAUGCAUUUCUGAUCUUGAUUAAGGUAUUGUGCUUGUCAAGUUUAUUUUAAAAUGUAAUGCAUAAUUAAGAAAUAUAGGUUAAUAGAUAAUCAUGUAUAAUAGUCAAGCUUAUAGCUAUGUAUCUAGAUGUACAGAGAUAUAUUUCAGAUGGAUAGGCAUUCUUCAAACUUUUCAAAGACUACAGAGUAUGGCAUUUAAAAUGUUUAAGGACUUAGGACUUUUCAUGACAAUGAGACACAUCUGCUCCUGGCAGCACCAAUUACUUCAAGAGGAUGAUGAGCAUCCAAGAGGCUCCUUAUAGAGUUGGUUAGCCAUUUGGGCAAGAAACUGCUCUUGCCUGAACUUCUUGAUGAACUGGACAUGUAGGACCCACAGAGAAAUGACUGCUGAACCUGCCUAAGGGUGAGAUGAUCCUUCAGGGUUCCUGCUUCAUGAAAGAGUCUGCUAAACAUUCUGCAGGACAAAGAAGAAAGUGACUGACAAGCUGCCAAUAUAGGUGGAACUGUCUUUGAAAUUUCCUGCUUCAUGGAAAAGUCUGCCAGAUACUAUGGGCCAGUAGACUGAAGAUAGGUGCUCCAAUGGUACAGAAGAACUUUGGGUGAUUGUCCAGGCAGAGAGAUGUCUCUGUUAUUUAUAGAGUUUUGGAAAUUGCUUACAAUGUACUUCCUGUUUACUUAGGAAAUAUUAUAACCUUUUGGAGUCUUUGAUGGAGUUGAAGAGUAGAUAGUUCUAGUUCUAGUUUUCCUUAGUUAUGAUAGAAGAUGAAGUAGAUAUAAGUAUUGUAACUGUAAUUUUUUCUUGAUAACUGUUUUGUUAUAUGUAAUUUUACUGUGGUAAAGUUAAAACUUUCCUUUUUAUUUAAACAGAAAAGGGGAAGUGAUGUGGGAGUUUCCUCUGUAUGCUGUGAAUACCAUUGGUUAAUAAAGAAAUUGUCUUGGGCCUGCACAGGAAACAGAGCUAGGCAGGGAAAAUUAAACUGAAUGCUGGGAGAAAGGAGGAGGAGUUAGAGAGAAGCCAUAUAGCCCCACCAGAGACAAUACUGGGAACUUUACCUGGUAAGCCACUGCCAUGUGGUGAUACACAGAUUACUAGAAAUGGGUUAAAUUAAAAUGUUAGAGUUAGUCAAUAAGAAGCUAGAGCUAAUGGGCCAAACAGUGAUUUAAUAUGGUUUCUGUGUGAUUAUUCCGGGUCUGAGCUGCUGGGUGGCCGGGAGACAAACUAGCAGCCUCCCUACAACAGUUUAUUAGAUACGUUUAUUCUUGUUGGAUAUAGAAGCAUAGCUACAGAAUCUGACCCGAAAUGUGAAAAGAUAUGCUGAGGGCCAUCCUCUCUGUCCUCUGAAUCUGCAUAUGGCCUUCUGCCUUGCUUUGGUGCUUUCCCAGAUGUGAUGUAUAGGACGUGACAGGCAACUGCAUCUAAAGUGGUCUGUCCUGAGAAAGUUCUGGGGAAGGGUUGCUCUGUUGGUUAAUAUUUAGCAUGUGCUUGCUGGCAUUUAUUUACAUGUUUUUCUGAUCACGUAUUUAUGAAUUCAAACAACCUUCCUUGGAUCAUUGCUUUCUUUGUUACCUUCCUGUAUAAAAACAAAACAGAACAACGCUCAAGCAAGCCUGUCUACAGCAUUAGUCAGACUGUAGUCGGCCUGUUCUUUCAGGUCCUCAAUUUUAAGAGACACCAGCCACUUAGAGGAAAGCCUGGAGAGGCCCAGUGUCUGUCAGCAGAGCACAUGGUUGGAGCCAUAGGCGUGAAUCCUUUUGAGUUAUCCUCUUUAGAUACAUCAUUUCCCUGCCGUACACGUGAAAACCUGGGCUAGGAUCCUGGACCUCCACCAAAAAGCUGUGUAACUGUGGCCAAGUUACUUAACUAAUAUUUAGAUUCUGUAUUUGUGAAAUGUAGAAUUGGCACUUUGUAGCCUAAAUCCAACCGGUGGCUUCCGUGUGAACUUGUCAUACCUGGCCCAAGACUGUUGAGGACCUCAUAACUUCUGGGCAGACAGAGUCAACUCCUGUCCCUGAUCCCUCUCACUGAUCCGCAUUGCCUAGAACAAACAUCAGGGCCUGGCCUGUGCCCACACCUGUCUUUCAUGCUAAAGGUGUGGCAGAACAGUCAGCGGACCAAGACUUUUUACACCACCUGCUAUAAGGGAGAAGAUAAAGAAAGAACUGGGUUAGGCUUGCUUUAAUUCCCCCUCUGAAUUGAGCAUAUGUUUUCAAAGCCAUUUCCCCCACAUCCUUGCCCAUAUCAGUUUUGGUCACUCCAGAGACUUCCUACAGAGGCCAUAAAUGUUUGUCUUCAAGUCCUCAUUUUAUUCUAAUAACCUUACCCCCAGGAAUCCUUCUCUCCACCUCUACUUACUCUCAAAUUUUACAGAAGACAUUUCUGUGAAGGAGAGUUUUUAGGGAAGGCUUAAAGAAAACAGGUUUAAAUCCAGUCAGCCCAACCUCAAAAAUGGUGGGCCCCAGGCCUGAAGAGAAGUGUGGUAGAAUCCCUUUCUGGGACUGCUCCUGCCCAGAUCUGACCGGCAUUCCUUCCAGACGCUCCUUCAGAACCCGCCCUUCCGUGAAGUUUCUGGUGAGUCUGUAGGCUGCCCUGCUCUUCCAGACACAGCCCGUUAGAAACCUUUGCUCUCUCUCACCCUUGACUACCUCCCUCCACUCCCCCAGCUCCCGCCCCUCACUCGUCUCAUGCAGACCCUCAGGUAAGUCCCCAAGCCACGAAGAUGCUCACCCCUCUACCCUGAGAGCCCCUACCUACUUAGGCCUCAGCCCUAGGCACUACCCCUCCUCCGGGAUUAUCUUCCCUCUGUUAACCUUGCUUCCAGAGUAAGCUGAUAUAGUAGACUCUGAUAUAUAGAGCAUGAAUAACAACUUGUGAAAAAUUUCCAAUAAUCGGGAGAAAGAUGAUAUUCAAGACCCUUCUCCCCAGCCCUCUCAACUACCUUUGUGUCUUCAGGCCUAACGCUCCUCUCUCCACAGUAUAUCUUGAGUGCCUCACAGGCGUGAUCCCCUUCCCAGUGCCUCCUCCCCUUCUACACCCCUCAUUGUCUGCUGUGGGAACCCCUGAACAUCUUCAGCCCUCAAUGGGACUGGUUAAAUAUCACAUCAGUUUCCGGAACUCUUGACCCCCGUUCAUCUGGGGCUCUCUUAUGACUCUGAUCAAUAAGCUACUUGGAUCGACUUUAUGCAAGUUCCAGAGCCCUGAGGCCACCGUGUCGUGAAAUUCAGCAGUCCCAGCUGAGCCAGUCCUUGGCUUACCACUCACUGAAUACAGAUGGCCGCAGGAAGAGACUGGUGGGCCGUGCAAGAAACUUGAGUCAAACCAACCGCAGAGCAUUGAGGCAUACUUGCUGUGGCUGUCUGCAUCAGAUGGCUUUGCCCGGCCGCAGGUCCAAGAACCCCAAGACACUGGCUUUCCUUCUAGUGGGUAUGACUUUCGUGGUGCUGCACCAGUGGUUUCUCCAGGAGCCCACGCAGAAGUACACUGAAGUCCCCACCGCUGCUCCCUGGUCUUCCGCGGCUGCGGCGCAGCUGUCGCCACACCUCCAGGCGCCCCCUUGCGUGGCCAACGCCUCUGUGAACCUCACGGACGGCUUCCAGGAGCUGCCUGCCCGGAUCCAAGACUUCCUACGCUACCGCCACUGCCGCCGCUUCCCGCAGCUGUGGGACGCGCCCCACAAGUGCGCGGGCCAUCGCGGCGUCUUCCUGCUGCUGGCCGUGAAGUCUUCGCCCGCGCAUUACGAGCGGCGGGAACUGAUCCGGCGCACGUGGGGCCAGGAGCGCAGCUACGGCGGGCGGCAGGUGCGUCGCCUCUUCCUGCUGGGGACCUCCCCUCCCGACGAGGCGGCGCGCGAGCCUCAGCUGGCCAGCCUGCUGGACCUGGAGGCGCGCGAGCAUGGCGACGUGCUGCAGUGGGACUUCGCGGACACCUUCCUCAACCUCUCGCUCAAGCACGUGCACCUGCUGGAGUGGACAGCCGAGCGCUGCCCGGGUGCGAGCUUCCUGCUCAGCUGCGACGACGACGUCUUCGUGCACACGGCCAACGUGGUGCAUUUCCUGGAGGUGCAGUCGCCUGAGAGCCACCUCUUUACCGGGCAGCUCAUGGACGGUUCUGUGCCCAUCCGCGAAAGCUGGAGCAAGUACUUCGUGCCCCCGCAGCUCUUCCCGGGUAAGGCCUACCCAGUGUACUGCAGCGGCGGUGGCUUCCUCCUGUCCAGCCGCACAGCCCGCGACCUGCUCAGCGCGGCGCGCCAGGUCCCGCUUUUUCCCAUCGACGACGCUUACAUGGGCAUGUGUCUGAAGCAGGCCGGCCUGGCGCCCAGCCCCCAUGAGGGCAUCCGGCCCUUCGGCGUGCGGAUGCCGGGCGCGGAGCGCUCGUCCUUCGACCCCUGCGUGUACCGCGAGCUGUUGCUGGUGCACCGCUUUGCGCCCUAUGAGAUGUUGCUCAUGUGGAAGGCGCUGCACAACCCGCAGUUGCACUGCAGCCGCAGGCAACAGGCAGGGCCUCCCGAGAACAGAAAGCUGGGGAGCUGAGAGUGCGUCUUCCGAUCUGAACCCCGAUGCACACUGAUAUCACCCUGAGGGUAGAUCUGGAAAUCACUAUAUCCUAGCGUGUGUUCCUGGCCUCCACGUCAGGGGUUCUGACCCUAUCGGUCUUCAGACGCGUAGGUGUGUUUUUCUUAUUUUUAAACUGGGCUGGGAAUACCUGUUUAUCCUCACAUACCAGCCUUCCCGGGGAACCUGUAUCCAUUCAUUGUGGGCAGCAAGAGAGGCAUGACUGCCAAGAUCAAUGUUAGCUGAGGGGAGCUCCCAGAAGGCAGUUUACACUCAGAACGAAGCCGUGUCUGACAGCCUUGCUUCCGCGACGCUCCAGGAAUCUUGGAGGUCAAAGCGAAGCUCCUGGAGGGCAGCUCCUGGAGGAGUCAGCGUCGCAGCCACCUUUCUGCAGCCCUGACUGUGAACUCCUAGUAACGUCUGAUUUGCUUCUCCAACGCUUUUGGAAAUGCUAUCUGUCCCAAUGGCGUGGAGCGUUAUCUGUGAGAACCCUGUCUUGGUUUUCUGUUGCUGCUCUAACAAAUUCUCACCAAGGCUCGAAGCCUAGGAACAAGCCCACUUAUCCUGUAGUUCUCCAACAACACAGGCCCUUCUCAUUAGACUAAAGCCAAGGUGUUGGUAAAACCGCCUUCCUUCCUGGGUAUCCACACACCCCAUUUUAUUCCCUCGCUUCUAGAAGAGGCCCUCCUUCAUCUUCAAAACCAACCAUGUUACAUUUCUCUACAGCCAAACUUCUCUCUGACUAGUUUUUCUCUGCUCUCCUUCCCUGGAGCUAAAACCCGGGUUCACUGGGCUAACCCAGGCUUAGCUUGUGUCUGUUUGCUUAAGACAAACUCCCAUGUAGCCCAGGCUGCCCCGAAACUUGCCAUGAGGUAGGUCAAGCAUGAGCUUGAAUUCCAGAACCUCUGCCACCAUUCUCCCAAAGGGUGGAUUACAGGUUUGUCUCCACACCCAGGAAAUAUCUUCAUGUUUUAAAGCCAGCUCACCAGCAAUUCCAUAGUUCAUCUUGUUCACAUGUAACCUAUUUUAGUCACAGAUUCCAGGGAUUAGGGUGUGGACAUCCUUAGAAGACCAGAGGCUCUGUCUACCACGAUGCUAUUUAAUAAUAAACGAAGGAAAUGAACACAUGACGUGCUUUCUUCUCAACAAACGGUCCCGAUGCCCACUCUCAC